UCUUUGCUAUAAACAACAAAAAAACCUAAACUGUGACAUUACAAAGGAUUCUUUCUUUCUCUUCUACCGACGACUUUUGCUUCUGCGUUUCAAUCCUCUCUCACUCUUUUGCAGAAUAAUUUGCUCUUUGUAAGAAGCAUUGAAUUUGCUGAUACUAAGAAUUCUCUGUGAUGGGUGGUCAAAGAGAAAGAAGUAAUUAUGGUAAGCGUCCUCGAUCCCAAUCUGACUAUGAUGGUGGAGGAAAUAAAAGGAGGAAUGGAGGUGAUCAUGAUAGGGAUAGGGAGCAGUUUGUGAUUAAUAAGGAAGAUACUGUUUUUCGCUAUUUGUGUCCGGGGAGAAAGAUUGGUAGUAUCAUUGGUAGGGGAGGUGAGAUUGUUAAGCAAUUGAGGGUAGAAACUAAGGCUAAGAUUAGGAUUGGUGAGACUGUGCCGGGGUGUGAUGAGCGUGUUGUUACUGUCUACAGUUCAAGUGAUGAGACUAAUACCGUUGAUGACGGUGAUAAGCUUGUGUCACCUGCUGAGGAUGCGUUGUUUAAGAUUCAUGAUAGGGUGGUUGCUGAAGAUUUACAUAGUGAUCAGGAGGAAGAAGGAGGUCCUCAAGUGAAUGCUAAGUUGUUGGUGCCGUCUGAUCAGAUAGGUUGUGUUCUUGGAAAAGGUGGCCAAAUAGUUCAGAAUUUACGUAGUGAAACUGGGGCUCAGAUUCGUAUUCUUAAGGAUGAUCAUGUGCCUGCAUGUGCCUUGAGGUCUGAUGAGCUCGUGCAGAUUUCUGGGGAUGCUGCAGUCGUGAAAAAGGCUUUGCAUCAAAUUGCAUCUCGACUUCAUCAUAAUCCUUCUCGAACUCAGCAUUUGCUUGGUUCUGCUGUUCCUUCUGUAUAUCCCAGUGGCGGUUCACUUAUGGGUCCAACUGCAGGACCUCCGAUUGUGGGGAUGGCUCCUCUUGUUGGUCCUUAUGGGGGAUAUAAAAGUGACACUGGUGACUGGCCACCGCGGUCUAUGUACUCGGCUCCGAGGGAUGAAAUAUCUUCUUCAAAAGAAUUUUCAGUUCGAUUGGUUUGUCCAACUGGAAACCUUGGCGGCGUGAUAGGGAAAGGUGGGGGCAUAAUAAAUCAAAUUAGGCAGGAUUCUGGGGCAACCAUCAAAGUUGAUAGUUCUGCAAAAGGAGAUGACUGCUUAAUAACCAUUUCAACUAAAGAGUUCUUUGAAGAAACUUUCUCUCCAACCGUAGAGGCAGCUGUGCUUUUGCAACCCCGAUGCAGUGAAAAAAGUGAAAGAGAUUCUGGAAUCAUCUCUUUUACUACCCGUCUGUUGGUAUCAUCAUCACGAAUUGGCUGCCUUAUUGGUAAAGGAGGAUCUAUUAUAACUGAGAUGAGAAGGCUUACAAAAUCCAAUAUUCGCAUACUGUCAAAGGAAAAUCUUCCUAAAAUUGCUUCUGAUGAUGAUGAAAUGGUGCAGAUUUCGGGAGACCUUGAUGUUGCCAAAGAUGCUCUUGUACAAGUUCUUACACGACUGAGAGCAAACCUUUUUGAUAGAGAGGGUGCUGUCCCUGGAUUCCUUCCAGUUCUACCAUAUAUUCCUGCUCCAGUAGAUGGUCCAGAUGUUCUUAACUAUGAGAGUAGGGAUGGCAAAAGACAUGGACGCGGACAUUCAUAUUCAAGUGGCUAUGGAGGCUCAAGUGAUUUAGGACCUGUCGACACUUAUGGAAGCUAUGCAAGUUCACAGCUUGCUGGAGGCAGUGGUUAUGGGGACUAUGAAAGUUAUUCUUUGGGACGGAAUAGUACUGUCUGGUUGCCUAGUCAGAACAAUGUUUCUAGGAGGAGAAACCAUGCUUACUGAACUUGAUCGGUCGCCCCAGCCGAGAUGUGUGAAGCCCGCCAGCCUGCCUACUGCCUAAACCAGAAGACCAGAUGAACCAGGACUUGACAAAUUUAUGGCCUACCUUGACGCAUCUACUUAGAGGACCAAACUUAUGUGGAGCCUAUACAAAUUGUCCAUGUCCAUUUUACCUUAAUUCCCAAGUUUGAUAACUUGUGCUACCAAGAACCUAUAAAGCUGGCUUGCCUUUGUUUAUUUUUUAUUAAUCUUGUUCCUUUGAUUUUGGAACUAAAAAACACCACGUAGCUAUGAUUUCCCGCAGUUGUAUACUUUUAUUGCCGGUUGUGUUUAAUUUAUCUCUUAUUUCACUAUCCAAUCCGAUAAAGUACGAUCUUUGUUGUUAUUUGAAUUUCAUGUGACAAAUUUGGUGGAGUUUGGGAGUCA